GGUCUCGGUCAGUGCUAAAAAAGUUAGCUUGUUCUUAGUUUCUUAACACUGGAUUAAAAUUGUAAACAACGACGUGGUUGAUUAAUAAAAAUUUGUAAUUAAAGAUGAGAAAUUGCAGUUUAUUGAUAUUUUCAGUAUUAGCCAUACUAUGCUGCCAAACUCAAGCUGAAUUCACGGCGGCUGACUGCCGAAAGCUGGGCUUCAUUAAAACGCAGCUAAUGUGCUCCAAUUGUGAGAAACUAGAUGAUUUUGGCUUGGAAACUUUAAAACCGCAUUGCAAGCAGUGUUGUACUCAGGACCAACAACCGGCUGCACAGCGAACUUAUGCAAAGGCAAUUUUAGAGGUGUGCACCUGCAAAUUCAGGGCAUAUCCGCAAAUACAAGCGUUUAUACAGAGCGGCAGGCCGGCAAAGUUCCCCAAUUUGCAAAUUAAAUAUGUUCGUGGUCUGGAUCCCAUUGUCAAGCUGCUUGAUUCCACCGGCAAGGUGCAAGAGACGCUAUCAAUAACCAAAUGGAAUACGGAUACCGUUGAAGAGUUCUUUGAGACGCAUCUGGCCAAGGAGGGAAAGGAGGGCAAGAGUUCCUACAGCGUGGUGGAGGAUGCGGACGAUGAUGACGAAGAUUAUCUGCGUACCAAUAGAAUAUAAAAUUGAAAUGUUUAUUGUACCUUCAUCUUAGUAGUCAAUAAUUAUCAAGUUUAUACGUCAGCUUAAGUCGGUUUUAAUGGAAUCUAGUUGACUUACACCGCAAUUAUAAACUUUUUAAUGCACCUGAACGCUAAAUGUGAGUUAGCAAAGUAGAUUUAAAUUAUAGCAUACAUUUAUUACAAAAUCAAAAACUUCCACAUACAACUGGAGUUAUAUAUUGUAAAAAAACAAAAAUAGCUAUAAAUCUUAAACACUAAGCUAAAUAGUAUAAACACCUUAAAAAGUUGUGAGUCAAACAGGUUUUGGAUAAAUCACGUUUAGCUGACGUAUCAACUCGGUAAAUGUAUAAAUAAAGCUAGCCUAGGGUUUGGGAGUCACAG